GCAAUCCUGGUUCUUCGGCAGUGAUACCAACGAUGAAACCUCAACCCAGAACCCACAAGAUCUGCAAAUUGACAACACUGAUUAUUCCCAAGGAGAAGCGGACUACUAUGAGGACGAGUAUGCGACCAGCUCCUCGAGAAACGACUCGGACCGUGGUUUCAGCCUCUCCUACGGCGGCUCCUCGGGAGUUUCGGGAAGUCUAGGAUUCUCUGGAGAAGGAGGAGAGGCAGCGGGGUCCAGCUCUUCGAGUAGUAGCAGUAGGACUUUCUACUCGUCCGACGGAGGCUACGAAAGUUCCUACUCGUCGAGUGGAUCAUCUAGAGGCGGCGGGGGAUCCUACUCCUCCGAUGGCGAGUCCUCGGACGGAUAUUACUCGCAGGAUUCCUCGUCCUACGAUGGGGAGAACCGGCGCUACGGAUCAAGGGACAGGGGCUAUGGUCGAGUCUACACCUCCAGCUCUAGCUCCUUCGAGUCGUCUAGGAGUGGUUCCGGAUACAGAGGCGGGGUGACUGGGUCUCGUGACCAGGAUCGAGGCUAUGGAGGUGGAUACGGAGGAGCUGGAGAUGGUUCAUACGGUUCGGGAGGUGCAGGAGGAGGUUACGGAGGAGCUGGAGAUGGUUCCUACGGCUCUGGAGGCACAGGAGGAGGAUACGGAGGAGCUGGAGAUGGGUCCUACGGUUCUGGAGGCACAGGAGGAGGAUACGGAGGAGCUGGAGAUGGUUCAUACGGCUCUGGAGGCACAGGAGGAGGUUACGGAGGAGCUGGAGAUGGGUCCUACGGUUCUGGAGGCACAGGAGGAGGUUACGGAGGAGCUGGAGACGGUUCAUACGGCUCUGGAGGCACAGGAGGAGGUUACGGAGGAGCUGGUGAUGGUUCCUACGGCUCUGGAGGCACAGGAGGAGGUUACGGAGGAGCUGGAGAUGGUUCCUACGGCUCUGGAGGCACAGGAGGAGGUUACGGAGGAGCUGGUGAUGGUUUACGGCUCUGGAGGCACAGGGGAGGAGGUUACGGAGGAGCUGGAGAUGGUUCCUACGGCUCUGGAGGCACAGGAGGAGGUUACGGAGGAUCUGGUUCCUACGAGAGCUCCUACGAGAGUUCUUACAGCUACGGAAGUGCAUCCGGAGGCGCCGAAGGAGGGUACGCAGGGUCCUACGGAGGUGCAGGUGGCGGCAGCUCCUCCCAGCCUCAAGUGGGAGCUCGUCCUCGACCUCAGCCUCGACCUCGACAGAAUUGCAGCGGGAGAGACUGCAGUAAUUGUACUUGCAUUGGCGAGAAGGGCUCAAGGGGCGUCCCCGGCCCCCGGACCCCAGGGGGAGAAGGGCCAGCAAGGCUUCCCGGGAUGGAGGGCCUCGUGGGACCGAAGGGGCAGAAGGGAGCGCCGGGCCCCAGGGUCCCACUGGCUCUAAGGGGGACAGGGGCAAAAUGGGUCUGAACGGCUUCCCGGUAUCAAUGUAUCCCGGUAUCCCAGGUCUGCCAGGUCCUCCGGGUCCCGCGGGUCUCGACGGCUGCAACAGAACGGAUG